CCCGCCGCUCCUGGUGCUCCUGCCGAGUCUGCUGCUCCUGGUGCUCCCGCUGAGUCUGCUGCUCCUGGUGCUCCUGCCCAGCCCGCCGCUCCUGGUGCUCCUGCCGAGUCUGCUGCUCCUGCCGCUCCUGCCGAGUCUGCUGCCCCAGGUGCUCCUGCCCAGCCCGCCGCUCCUGGUGCUCCUGCCGAGUCUGCUGCUCCUGCUGCUCCUGCCGCCCCUGCUGAGUCUGCUGCCCCAGGUGCUCCUGCCCAGCCCGCUGCUCCUGCCGCUCCUGGAGCCCCUGCUGAAUCCGCCGCCCCGGGUGCUCCUGCCCAGCCUGCCGCUCCUGCCGAGUCUGCUGCUCCUGGUGCUCCCGCUCAGCCUAGCGGCCCUCUCAUCAAGACUACCGCUCCAGCGGCGCAGCCUAGCGCCCCUGCCGCCCAGACCAGUGCCCCCGCAGUCCACCCAGUCGGCCCGGGUGCUAACUCUACCGCCCCUGCUGUGACUCCCAAGCCCUCUCCAAGCUCAGGCUUCCCCAAGUUCAUCAACUCAACCAUCCCUAAGACCCACACUUCUAGCCAAAUCAGUGGUGGGAACUUCGUCGGCGGCGGCGAAUCUCCCGCUAAGCCGACCUCGACUGGCUUCGCUCCUACCAGCCCCGGCUCCAAGCUCAUUGUCCCCGGCCUCACGGCUGUCGGGGGUCUCGUCAUUGGGCUGAUGCUCAUGGCGUAA